AUGCAGGUCGUACCAGCUGUAUGUGAUUGCUUCUCCAAAGCGCAAUUUUUUGUCUUCAUUCUGCUCUUGCGGCUCCAAAUUCAGAUAUCAAGGAGCGCUCAGCUCCUGACUGAGCAUAUUACCCAGGAUUCCAGCCAAAGCAUUGCCCAUGUUCGACUGGCAGAGCUAAAUGGUUUUCACUGCUCUUCGUUCGACCAGCAGCCUCAGGAGGAGAUGGACGACGCAGAGGGCUCCGAGACAGAAGACGAAUCGGAGGGAGCCAAGGGAAAGAUUGCUUUUAAAAACAAAGGGAAGUCGCGGCGCAAAGCUAGCGAGAAGCCCGAGGGCUCCGAUCAAAAGCGGCAGGCCUUUUCGAAACGGAAAAGAGGUCUCAUACUUAAGUCGUACCAACUAUACAAGCUCACAGAUGCAAGAAUUAUGCCGCACCCCCACACGGAUGCGGAUGACCGCCGUAUCGAUGACCGACCCCACGUCAUCCGGGCCAACCUAGCACCCGGGGGGGAGGGGGGAGGGGCAGGGGCAGGGGCUGCGACGGCGCCCGGAGGCAGCGGUAACGCGCCUAAUACAGGAGGGGGGGGCGGCGCGGCACCCCCCACCGUCUCCGGCGGCGGCGGCAGCGGCGGAGGCGGCGGCGGCGGCCGCAACCCCCAGCCUGUCAACAGCAGCCCUCAGCAGCAGUUAUCAGACAUGCCGCCCCCGCCGGGGAUGACGGCGGCACGGCGGGCAGCGGCGGUCGCUGCUGCUGCUGCGGCAGCGGCGGCUCAGGGCGGCGACGGAGGCCUGUCGCCGCCUCUGUGUGCCCCGGCUUCGACCCAUCCCGGGGCUGAUCCGGGUGCUGGUGUUGACAACAUGUGGGAGGCUCAUCCGGGCGGGAGGGGGGGGUUGAGCCGCGGCGGCCCCGGCAACAGCAACAACAACAACAUUAAGCUCAAAUACAUGGCUGGUGGGAGAGGGGCGUGUGAGGGACCUGGUGGGGGCCCGCUGCGGGGCUACGACUACCGCCACAUGGCCGCCACAUGGCCCACUGUGUACGGCACUGACCGCGAUUUGAUCGGGGGCACCCUCGUCCUUGCCCACGUGCUUGGCCACCCUCCGCUCACAUCCCAUCCCCACGCACCCCACCACUUGGAGCACCCCAUGAUGGAGCUCAUGGAGGGGCCCCCCGACGAUAACGACAUAGUGAUGUGCGACGCGGGACCGCCGCCCGGUACGACAAGCGGCCGCGGCGGCGGCGGCGGUGGCGGCGGGUUCUUGGCCAUGGUUCCCGACAGCAUCAUCACUCCGUCGGGCCAUAAGCUGGCGGCGGCGGUGGGCAUUGCUCUGCCGGCAGGCAGGGGCGGGGCGGAGGAAUGCGACCCGCGGGAUCUCCGGGGGGGUGGGCCACGUGGCGGCGGCGGCGGCGGCGGCGGCUUUGGUGGUAUUUCCAUGGACCGCACCCACUUGGGUCUGUCUGCGGCGGCGGCGGCGGCACUUGCGGGGUUGCAACCUACACUGCACAAGCAGUCGCGGCAGACAGCGGACAGCGAACCCAAGGCCUAG